AGGUAUGAAUGACUCUGUUGUUGAAUAAUUUCCAUUGAGAAAAUAGUGUUCUAUACCAGGAAGUUAAAAUAACGAUACCUGGAAUAUCACCUCGCUAGAAUGGGAAACUGGCGCAAUAGUUCCUCUCCGAAAUGUUCAUUAUUAAACUGUGAAACAAAAACAUUGAGGAAAUGUGGGAAUUACAUAGGGAAUAUAGAUAAAAGUGCUUUUAUUCCCUUGAAAUCAUAAUCUUGGAAAUAUCACAUGGCAAAGAGAUGUUUAAAAUAUACAUUCAACCGCUAUUAAUUCUCGGUAUGUUUGUGGAUCUUUCCUUGUCUCAAUGUCCCAGUCCUAUCCGAGCUAAAGUUAAAGGCUAUCGAAGAAAACUGACUAUUCUAGGAUCUUGUAAUGAGAAUCUGGACAUGUCUUUCCAUAUGAUACCCGAUAUAAAAAUUCCCCACUGUAACAAGUGUGAAAGCCUCACAGAUACUAAAGUUCAUUAUCUCCAUGGCAACAAGACAUGUUCUUUGACUCCUCCCACUGACGGACGGAGUACGGAGAGUUGCCCCCAUCAUCUUCAGAUAAACUAUGAUAGGUAUAGAAUACCUAGAUCUAUAGCUCAAGUCAAGUGUAACUGUGAUAAUUGUAUCACAAAACAUUACGAUAAUACGUUAAGAAUGCUUGAUGACGGAGUGUGUCAAGAAGUGAUGAUGUAUCGUCAGGUUCUUAGGGAAUGUAAACGUGAAAGAGACCGAAAAAGAAAAAAGAGAAGAAGAAGUAGAAGAAAUAAAGUGUAUACAAUAGUUUAUGAAAAAUACCCGGUGGCAUGUACGUGUAAAUUGACACAUACUAAAGACGGGAGAUGAGCAGUGAAAUCAAAGCAUUACGAAGUUUUGUCUCUUACAAAUACCUCAAGAUUUUUAUUGUUAUUGGAUUUUAUAUACAGUUUACUUGUGUGUUGUUUGUUAAUGAUGUUUUUGAUAUAAAUAUAUUUUUUUACGAUUUCAGUAUUAUAGUGAGUAAAACUUGUGUCAAUUGAUGGAUUUAUGCGACACAUUUUGUAUGUAAAAUAGUGGACCAGUCCAAAAGUCUAUUUUGAAAUGAUUCAUUGAAACUUUUUUUUAUAGUGAAGUAUCACAUAAAACAGAAAAAACAAAUCUUGUCACUUUGCUGAAAUAUACAUGUGUAGACGUGUAUGUCCAAAACAUACCCGGUUAACUAUAAAUAUUAAUUUUCUACGGAAUACACUUACAGACAAUUCAUAAUUUACUAUUUUAUUAAUUAUUUAACACAUUCAUUAAGUUAGUAGACGAUAUGAAAAAUUGCUUUAUUACGUCCCUACAAAUGGUGUCAGCAACUUUUACUUUUAGGAGGUCAUUUCAUAGAAUUUCAAAAUUGACCAAUUUUUUCGACAGAAUAUUGCGAAGCGCGUUUUAAUCGCUGUAAUUUCAUUUUCUAUACUUUAAGUCAUUUACAUUUAUUUCAAAUAUCUACAAUACAUAAAGGUUUUGGUCAGCGUAAAUAAUGUAUAUUGCCAAGAUGUCAUCAUAUCUAUGCACUCCAUAUUGCUUUUGGUCAUAAAUAUCUCGCCAAGUCGCCAAAGUUUUAUCAACAGUCACAUAAAUUUCAGGCAGCCAACUUUAGUCAAUAUAACUUGUCACCUAAAAGUGAUAAUUUAAACUAGUCUUUUCAAGAGUUUAAUGAAUUAACCGACUCUGCGAUCAACAUAUAUUUUUGCAAAGUGUUUUCAUGUGUUUUGGGUUUUCUGUAUCUACACAAUGUCUUGCAAUGUUUAAAUAAAUAAAUAAAAAUAAAGGGGAAUGAAGGGGGGAUAGUCUCAAGAUAAUGUUUUAAUCGAUUUAUUAAAAAUAUACUGAAACAUUAACAAUGAUACUUGAUGUAUUUAGGAAAAACAAAGUAUAUUUUUAUUAGUAUAGUACAUAUAAUUAUAGAAAUGAUCGUAAUUACCUAAUUUAAAGAGUGAAGAGCUGACAAAAUGUCCCUGGAAUUUCUGUUUUUAUAUUAUA